AUGUCUGUCUCGGCUCUUCCCACGGAGCUCGUACGCGAUAUCUGCAGCCAUUUGCAACUGCGCGACUGGUGUGCGUUUCGUAUCACUUGCAAAGCCGUGUACAUAAAGUCACUGGAAGCUUUUGCAGAUCAGUUUUUCAAGAGCAUUGGGUUCAUUCUCACCCGCAACAGUCUUUGUCAGCUGGAAGAGCUCGCCGCACACGAUAUUUUUCGGAAACGAGUUCAAGAGCUAUGGAUAACGCCAUCUUUGUUCGAAGGUUAUUACGAGAUGGACCUGGAUUCCUUUCGUGACGCAACCGGUUCAUAUAAAAGCAAAAGGUCCGCCCAUAUGAUCAAGACUAAGUAUAUUGCAUAUCAAGGUCUAGUAGCAGAACAUCUCAGCAUCGUCGAAUCUGACUCUCUUAACAACGUUCUCAAGAAAUGUGUUGCACUCUUUGAUAACCUAACAAUCAUCAGAUUGCAACACAGCACUGAUGAGUUUUUCUGGGGUCAAUCGGUCAAUAACAAUUUCCGGUGCAUCGGUUGGCGCGCGGCAAGACGUCAGCUUGGAUUUGAUCCAUUCGCGUUGAGAGCUAGAAAACCCAUACACAACGUUUUGAAGACCAGAGCCAAGGACCAUGCUGUAGCUUUCUCGGCUCUUCUAGAGGCAGUGGCAAGCUCCAAGAGGAGGAUCAAAAAGCUGGACACAUGUAACGAUGAACAUUGUGCUUUGCCACCUUCGGAAGUUACACUCAAACAAACAAGCCAGUCUCUGCUCUCGUCCCUAAGACAAUUGGAAUUUUUACAUCUCUGCACCAGCAUCUGUGAAAUACAGCCUGAUGAUUCUAUGUUUAGGAGCCUUGUCGAUCUCCUUAUAAUGGUUGCACCAAGUCUCAAGGUGCUAACAUUCUCACAAUGGGACCUGAACGGUGCACUGAGUCCUCAAUAUUUUGAUGACCUCUCCCAACGGAUCAAUUUCACCAGCAUAAAGGAACUCAAUCUUUACUGGAUUGAAAUAACCUUUGAUACCUUAAAGGCCUUCUUGCACACAGCAAGGCCGACGUUGAGGGCUCUGUCCCUAGAAUCAGUAAACCUGAGGGGAGCUUUGCCGCCGACAGACAACCACAUCGGCCAUCAACGGGAUCUCCGGGAUUGCCAAGAGAUGAUUGAGGAGAGCAAUUGUGCUUGGCAACAGGUUUUGAAUUUCCUCGGAGACGAGUACUCACUGCGAUCGAUUUGCUUGAAGAAUCUAGGUUAUCGAGGCUAUCGUUUGGACAUGCAUGAUAAUUUGAGCAAGUUGAGUGGAUCCCUCGAGCCAAAUUUUAGGAGUUUGCAUAGCUUCAAUGCUGAGAAAGCUGGCGUUUCCUUCAAAGAGUGGAUUUUCCAGUUACGGCCAGGCCCACCGCGGGGCACGCGAGGACGUAUUGCUACCUUACCAGGGGAAGAUUAUAGUGCGCGGUGGACCACGCCGGCUCCCCUUUAG